GUCUAUGAAAAACGGGCGGCGAUUUGGAAUGCCCUAGACGCUCUUGUGCAGGCCCUUCCCAGCAGACACUUCAUGUACCUUGCUGGUGAUUUCAACACCGAUUUGCUUCAGGAGCAUCCUUAUGUUGGAGUGACACACACCCACAAGGGCAAAGAACGUGCGGUUGCCCAAGAUCAGCACAUUUUUCAAAAUCUCCUUCGGACACAUGGCUUGCGAGCACUCAAUUCGUGGGACAAUCAAAGCACUUAUGUCGACCCACAUGGUCCUGCCUCUAGGGUGGACUUUGUCCUUGCGAGAACCAUGCAGGCCACGGGUUGUCCCGUCACCGUUCAGCCACAGAUCCAUUUUGCAUCCUGGCGCUCCGGAGCCAGGCAUAUGCCUCUUUUGGGUAUGAUUGACUUGAAGGCCUGGUGUCGCUUCCGGGAUCGUACUCCAGCCAAGCUUGCCAUUGAUCAGGAUGCUUUGUGCCGGGCCUGUCGCCCCGGCCCUGAGCUUGAGAUACUUCGCCAGGCCUUUGCUGCCAAGCAACACCUUUUUACAGCUGAUUUGCUACCCUCCCAAGCGGAGGCUGAGCUUCGCAACAUCUGUGUCAAGGCUUUUCCUUUGCAGCGCAAUCGAACCAUUGCUCUGCAGUGGCAAAACCCGGAGGUUGGUCAGGAUUUGUCUCUCACAUGGCAACUGCGUCGCAGCCUCAAGCAGCAAGCCGCCUUUUGGCCGCAUCUGUCGUCUACGUUUAGAGCAUGGAGGUUGCAUGUACAGCUAAGCCGAAGAGUCAAAGAACUGAAACGCAACAGCCGUCGUAGGCGACGCGAACAUUGGCAAGCACAGCUUUCGGAGGCGGAGCAAGCAAGCAAAGCUGGCAACCCGCUGAAAUUCUUUCAAGUUGUGCAGAGGCUGGCACCCAAGCGAGCACAUGCACGAGUUCAGAUCCGUGAUCCCAAGGGUCAGAUCCUCACUCCAGCCUUGGAAGACAAAGCCCUUGCAGACUACUGGCAAGGUAUCUACUCCAGCACCAGUCUGCCUUAUCAGGCUGUUUGUCUUCGUGAGCCACUCCUUGUUACCCAGCAGGAGCUCCAUGAUGCUCUCCGAGGCCUCAAACAACGAAAAGCUGUAGCCAAAGAUUUGGCUCCGGCUGCUGUCUGGAAGGCCCUUGCCUCUCUUCUGUCUUGCUAUCUGAAUGCCGUGCUGAGCAAAAUCUGGCAGCCUGGUCCGCUUCACAUUCCAUCUGUUUGGGCAAGGUCGGAUCUACAUUUUCUCUUGAAGCCUCAAAAAGUCACGCGACGGCCGCAGGAUGUGCGCCCAAUUGCCCUCCAAUCGGCGGCGGCAAAGGCAGUCCUGACAGUCUUUAAGCAACGCUUGCAGCCCAGCUUCUUGGAGGCUAUGCGCACCCUCCCACAGUAUGCCUACGUGAUGGGAAGGUCCACUCACGAGGCUAUCUCGCGGGUAGCGGCACAUUGCAAGGAAGUCCGUGACUUGCUCAGGUCUCAAAGCUUGACGGUUUUCGAUCGAUUUGAAGGUGCACGUUACACCCCGUGUAUUGGUGGGGCCCAACUUUGGCUCGAUCUGUCGAAAGCUUUCGACCUUUUGCCCCGAAGGACCUUGCAGCUUUUGCUACGAGACACAGACCUUUCUCUUGAAGAACAGCAGGUUCUACUUGAAUGGCAUCAGGCCGGCAAGUAUAGGAUACAUAGCAAGGGCAACGAGCAUCCGGUCUUUGUUCGGCUUGAAUGUGGGGUUAGGCAGGGAUGCGUGUUGUCUCCUUUCUUGUGGGGGUUGUUCACAAAGCACAUUCAAAAACGCCUUGAUGAGGCCAACGGCCCAGGAUGGACUGCCCGGCGUGGCACUCUCUUUGCGGAUGAUAUGCAUUUUAAAUGGGUUUUCCGCACAGAGGCUGAAUUGCAUAGCAUCCGUCUUGAGGUUCUCAACAUCUUUCGCAUACUGCGUGAGCUUGGAAUGCAGGCCAACCCCGAUAAAAGUACCUUUAUCAUAGGUGCCAGAGGACAGCAAGCGCGAAAGUGGGUGAAACGCUGGGUCCGCAAGGACUCCGACGGUCGCAAGCAGUUCCAUUUUGGAGGUGCCAAACAAGAUAGAGUCCCAGUGGCCAGUCAGCUUACCUAUCUUGGAGUUGUUCUCUCUUAUCGGAAUUUCGAGUUGGCGACUGCUAACCAUAGGAUAGGGGUAGCCGCAGGCCAUCGUGAUCGGCUCCGCCGAAUUUUGCAUGCCAGACGUGUGCUCAGUGUGGGGCAUCGCCUCCGACUGUGGCGCAUUAUGGUGCAGACGUCGCAGUUAUAUGCUGUUGAAGCUGUUGGCCUGACCGCUGAGACGGCCAAGCUCCUUCACAUCCAGACUAUGCGGCAUAUGCGAGCGAAUAUUGGCUCUGCCAGGCACGUGGAUGGGGAUUCGGAUCAGCUUUUCAUGCUUAAGCAUAGCAUUCCUGAUUGUGUAGAGCUGGUUAAGACAAAGUGUGACGCUUUUUGCCAACGAUUGGCACGAACUGAGCUUGAGAUCCCAUGCUUUGGUGCCGAGGGCAUUUUGCAAUGGGCACAGUUUGUGCGGGACUCACUGCCGCCACCCUACAUUGCCAAGCCUCGGUCUCAGCCGACUCCUGCAUCUUCAGCCUCUGUACCCACCCCCGUCCCUGAGGAUUCGGCACCCAGUGCUCACCCCAAGCCUGUACCAUUGCCUCCGCUGUCCAGUGAGCGUGCUGUUGCUGGUGCAGUCGUUGCUUCUGCACCCUCUGCUCCUACAAUGGCCCCGUCCUCGGGACCACCAGCACCCUCUAAGCCCGAGAACGGCUUCUCUUGCGCGAUCUGUGAUCAGGUCUUCUCUAACCUACACGAUCUCAAGACACAUGAGGGCAAGGCCCACAAGAAGGUCCGGGAUAAAAUUGCCCAAGUUCAGCACACUGAGCAUGGCUACAACGGCUUUCCCAUAUGCAGGCACUGUGGUGACAAAUUCUCCAAAUGGAGUGCGCUUACAAGGCAUGUUACCAGGCAGGGCUGCCCUGCCCUUGAACGUGGUGAGCCGGAAGCAUAUGCAAAGUCGCAGGCUGAGGCUAUGGUGACGCCCCACGUGCAAAGGCCACACAUUAUGCAAGCCAUACGUGAAAAUGGCUGGGAAUCGCUCUUGACCAAUGCUGAUCUGUGUGUCGACCUCAAGCAACGGUGUGCCUUGUGCUAUCAAUGGGAUCCAGUGCUUCAAGAGAAGCAGCUGUGGGGGCAUCUUCUGCCCUCCCUGGAGGAGGCGGUUCAGGAUUGGCCAAUGAAUCACGACGACAGCAAAGGGGACAAGCCAUCGGAGGCAAAGUCGAAGGACCUGAACAAGCGCCGUCGAACAAACGACAAUCCAAGCUUCAGUUCGGACAAGCAAGAUCGCAAGGGCAAAGGCAAGGGCAAGGGCAAGACCAAAUCCUCGAAGGAUGCAAGCAAGAUGGAACUGAAGGAGGCGGUUCAGCUUAUGGCGGCCAUGACUCUGCAGCUAGUGGAUCAGGCGAGCAGGGUUCAGCUGGACACCAGCUUUCUACUUACCAUGAAGAACGAGCCGGGUCCGGAAAACCUGUUACCCAUCAUGUACAAGGUGUGGAAAGCCUGGAAAACCAUGCAAGAACAGGAGCCAAGCAAGCUGGACAAACCUCUUCGUUGCAGUAUGAUGAUCUCCAUGCUUCUGGAAAUCAAGGCCAGAGCCAAAAAGCUGCUGGACGACUCCGAGCAGCAGGAACGCAUGAAGGCUCUCGAGUGGAUCGACUCCGAGGGUCGAUGGGUCUAUCGCAAAUGGUCUCCAACUCAGGAGGCUCUGUACCUCGAUCAGUCCAGGAAGCCGAUUCCUCAAACAGUAUUCAUCGAGCAGCUGGAUCAGGCCAUGACUUUGCUUGUACGUCCGGAAAACAUGCCGAGAUUUCAGUCGAGGGAACUGGCCCCGGAGAUGAAGGGCUACGCGGUGACCUUUCAUGUGGACAUCGGGCUCCGCUCGGAAGCAGAGCCUCUGUGGCAGAUUUUCAACACAUGGGUGGACCUCCAGGCCUGGGGGUUGGGGGCGGUGAGAAUUCGGCCCCAUCGGCUGAAGCGACCGCCCGCGGCCGAUCGUCUAUCGGUCUGGCUUGGUAAUCACUGA